CUAUAAAAAAUUAUAUAUAACAAAUUUUAGAAACGUAUUAGAUCUGACUCGUCAAACUCUAUUAGAUCUGGCAUAUCUGGUUCUGGGGGUGGUUUGUACCAUGGAUCUUCCAAUUCCCACAAGUCAGGAUGCAAAUGUUCUCUACCUGGCGGUGGUCCGGAGCAUUGUGGGCAAGGUGGAUAAGUUUGAACAUCGAAAAAUUUUUCUAAUUCUUCUGGAUCAAAGGGUUCAAAUUGAUAAAGAUACACAGUAUAGUUGGACAGAUGAUUUGCCAGUAUGUAAACAAUCUGGCGUAGGAUUUUCUACGAAUCAAAUCUAUCGCGAGGAUGGAUACAGACAGGAGGAACACCCGUUCGAAGAUCGAAGUUUUCAUUGCCGCUAUGACGAUUCAACAUUUCUCUAUGGGGUGUUUGAUGGUCACGAAGGUACCAAAGUUGCAAACUUUGCUAUGCAGCGAAUGGCUGCAGAGAUUUUACUUGGACAGUUGAAUGGGAAAUCAACGGAUGAAGAAGUUAAAGAAGUUCUUAGACAGGCAUUUAUAGCAGUGGAAAGAGGAUAUUUAGAUUCUAUAGGAGAUCUUUUAGCUGAACGAACCAGUUUGCAAUUUGAUAUACCAGACGGAUUGAACUCCUAUGAAACUUAUCAAAAGUUUCCUCAUUUGGUUGACAAGUUAAAUGCUUUAAAUUGUGAGCUAUCAGCAGGAACCAGUGCAGUUGUAGCUCUUGUAUACCGUGGAAAAUUGUAUGUUGCAAACGUUGGCGAUAGUAGAGCUUUAUUGUGUAAAACAGAUGCCAAUCAAGUGUUAAGGGUUGUACAACUAAGUGUGGAUCAUGAUUUGAGGAACGAAGAUGAAUUGUUGAGAUUAUCUCACUUAGAGUUGGAUACUGACUCUAUAAGACAAGGAUCUCGUAUUGGAAAUCAGGAAACUACACGUUGCCUUGGAAACUAUCUUAUUAAGGGAGGUUACAGGGAAUUUGAAGAAUUAGCAUCUGCUACGGCAGAACCUGUUAUUGCAGAACCAGAAAUUCAUGGUGGAAUAGAACUUGAUGAUUCUUGUAAAUUUCUAUUGCUUAUGUCUCGUGGACUAUAUAAAUCACUGGAAGAAGUAACUGGAAUUGAUCAAGUUAACAUAAAAUUAAUUAAUUUUGCAGUUCAAGAAUUUCAGGUACAAUCUACCUUAACAGGAGUUGCUCAAGCUGUUGUAGAUAAAGUUGUAAGAAUUCAUCAUGACAUUAAUAUGAGUAAUUUACAAAGUACAGUAACUACUGGUAAACGAGAUGAUAUAACUCUUCUUGUACGAAAUUUUAAUUUCCCGCUUCCCCAUGCAUUGAAAAGUCCAACUAACCCGUCUGUUAGAUUUAACCCAAUUAUAGAAUCUACUCAGAUUACAACAAUACCAGACAACGAGUAUUCAACUACGAGUGCUACAGAAGAAAAUUCCGAUUUUUCAACGACUGAAACUUCAUCGUCAUCAGAUAUAUAUCCUCCUGGUGCAAGACCAAUGAACAGAAACACUAGAAUUAAACCUUACGUUAAUUUUUCUGAAUAUUACGAAAACGUUGAAAAGAGACGACGAGAAGGAACAUUACCAGAAGUUUUAAGUCUUUCAAAUGCAGCUUUUUCAAGACAUUCUCUGUGAUCAGGAUGAGCAAUCUGAAUUAAUGCAUUUGCUCUCUGACGUAAUGUCUUACCAAAAAGAUUUGCUACACCAUGCUCAGUAACUAUGUAGUGUGCAUGUGCUCUCGUUAUCACGAUACCACCACCUAUUAAAUAAUUUCGAUUGUAUUUACAAAAAAAAUUAUUAUAUUAAACAACUCAUUCAUUCAUA